AUGGGAUUCACAUUAAAAUCACUCCUCCGCCCACUCCUCUCCCUCCUCGUCCUCGUGCAGUUGACAUCGGCGCUCCGAUUCGAUCUCCCCGCUGUCUCGGGCCACAGCUCGAAGAAUGAACGCUGCAUACGGAACUUUGUGCUGAAGGAUCAGCUGGUUGUGGUGACGGCGAUUGUAGAUGGGAAUAGGGGCGAUGGUCAGAUGGUCAACAUGCACAUCAAGGAUGCUCUUGGCAACGACCACGGCCGUCCGAAGGACGUCGCCGGCGAGACUCGCCAGGCCUUCACCUCUCCCGCGGACAUUGCGUUCGAUGUGUGCUUUGAGAACCAGCUCGUUUCGCACAACGCCGUCACCAACCCCUACCGCUCCAUCGAACUCGACAUCGAUAUCGGCGCCGACGCCCGCGACUGGUCCAGCAUCCAAGCGCAAGAAAAGCUCAAGCCUGUCGAGACCGAACUGCGCCGCAUUGAAGAGCUGGUCGCCGAGGUAGUGAAUGAGAUGGAGUACCUGCGUGCGCGGGAGCAGAAGCUGCGGGAUACCAAUGAGAGUACCAACGAGCGGGUUAAAUGGUUUGCGUUCGGGACGAUGGGGAUGCUCGUUGGGCUGGGGGCUUGGCAGGUUGUUUAUUUGCGAGCUUACUUUAGAUCCAAGCACCUUAUCUAG